AUGGCCCCGCCCGUGCCGGCCCACGGGCUGCAGCGCCGCUGCGAAGCGGUGCCCGCCGCCGGCACCGGGCCCACGGGCUGCCCGAUGCUGCCCGACAAGAGCGUGCCCGGCCUCAAGGGCAAGGAGCCCGUGGUCUAUCCCUGGAUGAAGAAGAUCCAUGUGAGCACGGUCAAUCCCAAUUACAACGGAGGGGAGCCCAAGAGGUCUCGCACUGCCUACACCAGGCAGCAGGUCCUGGAGCUGGAGAAGGAGUUUCACUUCAACCGCUACCUGACCAGGAGGCGACGCAUCGAGAUCGCGCACACGCUCUGCCUCUCCGAGCGCCAGGUCAAGAUCUGGUUCCAGAACAGGCGCAUGAAGUGGAAGAAAGACCAUAAACUCCCUAACACCAAGAUGCGCUCCUCGAACCAGUCCACACUGAGCCAGCAAUCCAAAGCACAGACACAGGCCCAUCCCCAUCCCCUCGAUGGGGCUACCCCCAACGCAGUCGCGCUAUAAAUAUUACUUUUUUAAUAUAUAUAUAUAUAUAUAUUUAGCCAUCUGUUGGGCUUUUCCAGCUGCCCGUGUUGAUGGAAGGCCAUUUGGACCAAAUAACUGUGUAAAACAAACCAGAGCAGAAGCAGGAAAGGAAGAAGAGACGUGCCCAAGAACGGGUACAUGUUUAAACCAAAACCCGGACGAUUGUCUACAUUGUAUAUAGAUAAAGCCUCCAUACCCGUCAUUUCUUUUCUAUUUAUGGAAAAAAACAAAAGAAAAAGAAAAAGAAAAAAAAACACUCUGUUGCCCUCAGUGUAACAGAGUGGCUGGAUACUGUCACGGACAAAUCAUCUGUACCUAAGAAGGACUUCUUUAUUUUAUUUUUUUUUUUAGUGAACCCUUAAAAAAUAAAAGACGGUAAAACAAAGCAAAGACCUCGUGAGACACUUGUGUAAGGCACUGACUCGGGCAGCGCUGCUCCCCCGCGGCGUGUCCGUGGAUCCGCGUGGGUGCGUGUGAGAGGGUGCCCAAGCACGUUUGCACACGCACGACCACGCGAGGAGAGCGAGCUCGUUCACAGGCGGCUAAAACUUACCCAAAGUGUCCCCUUACACUGCCUAAAAGGAAAUGUUGUAUGUAUCAAAGGUAACUUAACUGAAUUUAGGUGUAGCUCCCGCAGUAUCUGUGAUAUAUUAGUUUUUCUCCACAUUCCCUAUCGCAUUUAUUUAAAAAAAUAUUGCUAUAAAGGCUCUUGUUGUUUUCAUAUUUGGCACCGUCUAAAUCGUUUGGGUCCAUGUAAAAUUUGUGGAUUUUUUGG